AUGUACGGCAGUCGAUCACACAAGCGUCUACACCAGGCGUGCGAGAACUGUCGGCGGUCCAAUAUUAAUUCAGUAUCCGUAGGAGGAAGAAGACCCGGUGUCCGGGAGAGAGACCAGCUUGUUCGAGCUGCACUCGCCUUUCAAAAACGUGCACGUACCCAGAAGUUCGAGGGAACCCUGUGA